UGUUGUAUCUAAAAGGAGAAUAAUGAAUAGAUUCAUUUUCGGACGAAGCUACUUGUUCAAAUUGUGUUAUUAUGCCGCUCUACCCCGCGGUGAGCUAACAACGGCUAACGAUACCGAGCAGCUCGCGAGCGUUUGCAGUCACGUUUAAACUUCUGACACUGCAACUUAAAACGACCGCGCGUCCCCAACGUUAACGUUACACGACAUAUCAUCACCAAUGGAUAACAUGAACAACAUGUCGCCCGAGGUGACGCUGCACCGGAUCUCACCCGAGUUGCGGCCCUUGCUGUCCAGCGUGGUGCGGAAUGGCCGCGUGGGACUCGACUCGACGAACUGUCUCCGUGUCACAGACCUCAAAACUGGCUGUACAUCUCUGACCGCUGAUCCCUGCUGCGAUCGCUUCAAGCUUCACAUCCCCUAUGCUGGAGAAAUCCUGAAAUGGGAUGUCAUAUUCAAUGCACAGUAUCCAAAAUUGCCACCAGAUUUUAUUUUUGGAGAGGAUGCUGAGUUUCUCCCUGAACCCUCGGAACUACCGCACUUGGUCCGGUGGGACUCGGGGGAUCCAGAAUGCCUGCUGCAGCUGGUGAAGGAGCUCCUCCAGCAGUACCACCACUACCAGUGCCAACGGCUGCGCGAAAGCUCCAGGCUGCUCUUCGAGUACGACAGUCUGCUGGAGGAUCCCAACUACGGCCGCAACAUGGAGAUCUACGCCGGACGCAAGAACAGCUGGACGGGAGAGUUCUCCGCCCGGUUCCUGCUCAAGCUUCCCGGGGACUUCAGCAACAUCCCUGUCUACCUCCUGAAGGACACGGCGGUGGACCCUGGAGAGGAUGUGGCUCUUCUCUCUGUGAGCUUUGAGGAUGCUGAGGCCACCCAAGUCUUUCCAAAACUCUACCUCUCCCCCGGCAUCGAACAUGCCCUGGGAGGCUCCUCGGCACUUCAUAUCCCAGCCUUCCCCAGCGGAGGAUGCCUCAUUGACUAUGUUCCCCAAGUGUGCCAGUUACUCAACAACAAGGUGCAGUAUGUCAUCCAAGGCUACCACAAGAGGAGAGAGUACAUCGCCGCCUUCCUCAGCCACUUCGGAAUGGGCGUGGUGGAGUACGACGCCGAGGGAUUCACGAAACUCACUCUUCUCCUCAUGUGGAAGGACUUCUGCUUCCUCGUCCACGUGGACCUCCCGCUGUACUUCCCCAGGGACCAACCCACCCUCACCUUCCAGUCCGUGUACCACUUCACGAGCAGCGGCCAGCUCUACUCUCAGGUGCAGAAGUCGUAUCCUUACAGCCCCCGCUGGGACGGCAACGAGAUGGCAAAGAGGGCCAAGGCGUACUUCAAGAGCUUCAUCCCUCAGUUCCAAGAGGGAGCCUUCGCCAACGGGAAACUCUAGUGCUCUCUAGCUUAAUGACAUGCCUGGAGAGCUGCCUGAGUGUGUGUGUGUGCGUACGUGUAAGUGUGUUGUGUACCUGUACAAGAGUAUGCACCGACGCACACAUUUGUGGAAAUAGCUCAGUGAAUUGCACGUCGUUUCACCUUGAAAUGGUUGCCUCUGAGGUUUAGAGAGCCGCCUCCAGAUGAUGUCCGCUCCAACAGCAGGAACAUGAUAACACAACGGCGACGCAUAAACAUUGUGCACAUGUCAACACAAUUUUAGGGGAUCAACGCUGGAAUGAUGAAUGUCAAGGAGCUUUUAUUUUGAAGAACAGCUCCAUACUUUGACAGGAAGCUGACCGACCGUUUCAAUGCAGAGCUGCCUCUCGUGAACGAUAUGUGAUGAUAUGUAAACUAUUAACUAACGUUAGUCGCAAAGACCUGCAGGGGCGAUGUUUACCGUUUGUUUUGUCGUCACGAUUGUCACGUGUGGCACUUUCAAUGUUGAAAUGCUCUUUAAUGUUCUUUAUGUUCCUUUUGAAAUUCUCUUUAAUGUUCCUUUUGAAAUGCUCUUUAAUAUUCUGUAUGUUCCUUUUGAAAUUCUCUUUAAUGUUCUUUAUGUUCCUUUUGAAAUUCUCUUUAAUGUUCUUUAUGUUCCUUUUGACCGUUCCAAGCUCUGUGAAGUCUUUUACUGACUGCUUGGCGGACAGCGCUGUACAUUACUACAUGUUUAGUCCAAAUGUCUAUCCAGUAAAGAAGUCUGUUCCCCCUGA